AUGAUUGACAUAAAUCUGAUCAGAGAUGAUGGUACACGAUGUAAGGUGAUAGAAAGUGAGAAGAAGCGGUUUAGAGAUGGAAGAGCGGUUGAAGAGGCACAUAAACUUGACAGGACAAGGAUAAGAAUGAACUUUGAGCUUGAUGAGAUAAACAAGAAGGUGAACCGGUUGAAUCGGGAGAUCAAGCAGCAUUUUAAGAAUGGCGGAAAGAAGGAGGAUGCAGAGGUUUGUAGCCGAGUGGAGGAGUCUGAGAGGUUGUGCAAUGAGGCAGAGGAGUUGAGGGAGCAAGUGAAGGGAGUUGAGAUGAACCUGGCAAAGAUGAUGAAGGGAAUAGGAAACGUGGUAUUUGAUGAAGUUGUUGUCAGCAAUGAUGAAGAGAGCAAUCUGAUAGUUGGAUCGUACAGGAGUGAAAGAAGGCUUGAAGAGAAUCCUGUGCCGUUUUCUGUGCUUAUGAAGGACUAUACGCAUGCAGCGGCGGGAGCAAAGGUGGUUGGGCAUCGUGGAUACUACCUAUCUGGGGCGAUGGCGAAGCUGGCACAGGCACUUGCAAGAUAUGCUAUUGAUUUUCUUGAGAGGCAUGGAUAUGUGUAUAUACAAACGCCUGUGAUGCUGAGAAGGGAUGUUAUGGCAAGGACGUCACAGCUGAGCGAUUUUGACGACCAGCUUUACAAGGUGGAGGAUGAUAUGUACUUGAUAGCGACUUCUGAACAGUCGCUGUCUGCGUUGUACAUGGAGGAGAGGAUUGUGCCGCAGGAUCUUCCGAAAAAGUUUUGUGGGCAAUCUCUUUGCUUCAGGAAGGAAGCCGGUGCUCAUGGAAAGGACAAUGCUGGAUUGUUCCGGGUGCAUCAGUUUGAGAAGAUUGAGCAGUUUGUUGUGUGUGGGCCCGAGGAGUCUGAAAAGCACCACAAAGACAUGAUGAGGAUAUGUGAGGAGUUUUACCAAUCGCUUGAUAUAAGCUACAAUGUGGUUAGCAUUGUGUCUGGUGAGCUUAACGAUGCAGCCGCGAUCAAGUAUGAUCUCGAGGCGUUUUUCCCAUGCUCUGGCAAGUACCGGGAGUUGGUUUCGUGCUCUAACUGCACGGACUAUCAGUCGCGAGAGCUUGACAUAAGAUAUGGGGUUGGGAAGGAUAACAAGCGUAAGGUGUAUGUGCAUUUGCUGAAUGGAACGAUGUGUGCUAUUCAGAGGGCGCUUUGCUGUAUUGUGGAGAACUACCAGUGUGCAGAGGGAAUAAUGGUUCCGAAGGUUCUGCAGGGAUACUUUGGAGGCAGUAUUAUCGGCAACGCAAUAAAUAAACGAGAUUAG